CGCAGCUCGGACCUGCCCGGACGCAGCGCUCGCCUGGCGGCGGCAGCGAUCAUCGGCUCCGGUCCGGCGGCCACGGCGCCCGCCCUCGCCCGCGCCCCAUGGGGUCACAGAGUCUGUAGAAGAGGCUUCCAGGAACCAGGACUUCCAAAUGAACAACCGAAAGGAAGACAUGGAAAUCGCGUCCCACUACCGACACCUGCUGCGCGAGCUCAAUGAGCAGAGGCAGCAUGGCGUCCUGUGUGACGCCUGCGUGGUUGUCGAGGGCAAGGUCUUCAAGGCGCACAAGAAUGUCCUGCUUGGCAGCAGCCGCUACUUCAAGACGCUCUACUGCCAGGUGCAGAAGACGUCUGACCAGGCCACGGUCACGCACCUGGACAUCGUCACUGCCCAGGGCUUCAAGGCCAUCAUUGACUUCAUGUACUCUGCCCACCUGGCGCUCACCAGCAGGAAUGUCAUCGAGGUGAUGUCGGCUGCCAGCUUCCUGCAGAUGACGGACAUUGUGCAAGCCUGCCACGAUUUCAUCAAGGCUGCACUGGACAUCAGCAUCAAGCCGGAUGCCUCCGACGAGCUCUCAGAGUUCGAGAUUGGCACCCCGUCUGGCAGCAGCACGGAUGCACUGAUCUCCGCCGUGAUGGCUGGGAGGAGCAUCUCCCCAUGGUUGGCUCGGCGCACGAGUCCCGCCAAUUCUUCCGGAGACUCGGCCAUCGCCAGCUGCCACGAAGGUGGAAGCAGCUACGGGAAAGAGGAUCCGGAGGCCAAGGCUGACGGCCCCGAGGACAUCUCCUCGCAGUCACUGUGGCCCGGCGACGUGGGCUACGGGUCUCUGCGUAUCAAGGAAGAGCAGAUCUCGCCGUCUCAUUACGGAGGCAGCGAGCUGCCUUCUGCCACGGACAGUGUGAUCCAGAACUCUUUCUCAGAGCAGGCUGGAGGGGACAGCUGGCAGCCCACAGGCCGGAGGAAGAAUCGAAAGAACAAGGAGACUGUCCGGCACAUCACGCCGCAGGCGGAGGAUGGCAGCCGGGCCGGAUCCCCGCUGCCGUCUUUCCUUCCGACGUCCGGGUGGCCGUUCAGCAGCCGAGACUCAAGCGCGGACUUGACUGUCACCGAAGCCAGCAGCUCUGACAGCCGAGGGGACAGGGCUGAGCUCUAUGCCCACGUGGACGAGGGUCUCCUGGGAGGAGAAGCCAGCUACCUGGGCCCACCCCUCACCCCCGAGAAGGACGACGCGCUGCACCAGGCCACCGCGGUGGCCAACCUGCGGGCAGCGCUCAUGAGUAAGAACAGCCUGCUGUCUCUCAAGGCCGACGUGCUCGGGGACGACAGCUCACUGCUGUUGGAGUACCUGCCCAAAGGCGCUCACUCCCUGUCCCACUCGAGACAGGUCAUCCUUGUGGGGACUGGACGGGGACCCGAUGGACGCCUCUCGAGACCUGGAGACCUGGGCUCAGCAGUGAGGCCUCUUCUGGAGUUGGCCCCAGCCGGCGCCUGGGUGGGUUUCUGUGGGGCCGCCAGCCUGUGCAGGAUGCCUGGUCUUUCCUCUGGCACACUGUGCGGCCAGCGCUCCUCCCAGAGGCCGGGAUGGGCUUGCCCAGGCUCCUUGGGUGCCCACAGCUUUGCCCUGAAGUCAGCUAAGGAGCCACGAGGAGAAUGUCCCCGUGGACACAGACACCUCCCUGCAUACGAUGGCUUCGAGGCCAGACAGGCUGGAACAGGCGCCUCUGUCUGCUCUGGAGCCGACGCUCAUGUGUGCCUCUCUGCUGUGGCCAGGCCUGGCAUUCAGGUCCAGGUGGCCCCUGGGUGAUGGCAAAGCCACGUCGGGCAGGGGCAGCCUGCGGGGAGCGGGGACCAGGCGUUGGUGUGUGCCUUUAAAGCGGUCACUUCUUGGAUCCUCUGCCAGCAGCCAGGUGAAGGACCCUCAGUGCCCAGCCUUUGGGCAGAUGCACCUGGGUUUGGGCUCACCCGGCUCUUGUAGGAUUGCCGACUUAACGGGGGCAGAGCAGGAGUGCAGGGGCAGAGAAGCGAGCACAUCCAUGGGGGGAGGAACCAAACAGCUCUGACCCCAGUACUUUCUAGAAAGACCCUAGGACGAAGCCCAGCCCCCAUGUCCUUGGUAUGCGAAUCACACAGCAUUUCUCUCCACGUGUGAAGGUGACGGGUGAUGGAGAAUUACCUAACUGUGCUUCUUUUCAGAAAGAGCGUUUUGUGUUGCUCGUCCACCUUCAUCGUCCGCCUUCGUGGACGCUCUGGGUCCCGCGUCUGCUUGCUCCCGUGGAGCAGGUGGUUGUGGGCGUGGUGGGCUCCGGGCCCCAGGCGGAGGCUUCCCUUUGCCAGGCAGCAGGUGGGCUUUGGAAGGAGCAGGCGGCACCAUUCCAGGUUCUGGGACACCAGAGCCGCCCCCUCCAGCAGGGCGUGUGUGGGUGCCUGGGACAGGGGCUUCCCCAUCAGCCUGAUGGGCCCCGACCCGUGCCCAUCCCUACCCUGACUGUGACCACAGGCGGGGCGUGGUCCCGUGCCGUCCAGCAGCUUCUAUGCCCCGGUGCUGUAGUCUUCACCUUCAUUAAACGAGUUCUGAAGACGGAGAAAGGUUGGGUUUUCAGAGAGGCUUUGGACAUUGUUAUCAAGGGGACCCCACUCAGGUGGGCAGCAUCUUUAGGAGCUAAAAUCUGGUCGGUGCGUGUCACCCCUCUGCGAGGUCAGCUGCCUCCUGGGUUUAGGUCAGUGCCCGUUUGCGUUUGAACGUCAUUUCUAGAGAAAAGGAAGCUUUUCUUUUCCAUUUUUGUUGGUCACGACGGGAUCUCUUGGGGAUUGUAUGUCCAAACCUGGACACGCUGUGGCAGAAGGAACACGUGCAGAUGCCGCGCUUCGAGGUUGUUCACGUCUAUGUUCCAAGGUGACUGGGCUGGGACACGGAGGCUGUGUGGCUGCUUUUCCUUUUAUUUGGUUCUCAAGGGAGUUUUUUCGGGGUGGAUGGAGCAUGGACCAAGGCCCACAAGGAGACCUACGUCUUGGAGAUUGUCUCUGUGCUGUUGUGCUGAAAGGCUUUGGUCGAUUUUUUUAAACAAUUAAAAAAUGUCAGACAAUUUCCAUAGCACCUAAAAGAAAUAGGUUUGUUCGUUGCAGCAUUAUUUACCAUAGCCAAGAUGUGGAAACAACCUAAGUGUCCAUCACUGGAUGAAUGGAUAAAGAAGAUGUGGUUUCUAUACUAUGGAAUAUUAACCAUAAAAAAAAAAAUGAAAUCCUGCCAUUUGCACCAACACAGAUAGACCUUGAGGGUAUUAUACUAAGUGAGAUAAGUCAGACAGAGAAAGAGAUACCAAAUGAUCUCAGUUAUAUGUGGAAUCUAAAGAAAAAAACCAGCUCACAGACACAGAGAACAGAUUAGUGGUUGCCAGAGGCAGGGGGUGGGGGUGGGAGAAAUGGGCAAACUGUUUUGUUUUGGUUUAAAUAAAUUGAAUUUCUUUUUAAAACAAAUAAAAAAUAAAUAAAUGCUCCUAAAAAAGACACAGGUUUGUGGUGGAUGGUGAAAUGGUAAGAGACAUUUUUAGGGUAGAGAGCCAUCCAAUUUCAUUCUUACAUUUAACAUCACGUCCCUUAAGACUGUACCGUCAUCCAACAUAUGAAAUUUUCAGCAGAUUCAUUUAGAUAUUCUAUCUCUUGUAUUUUAUUGAAUUUCUCAUUGAAAUACUGUGGCUCAGGGAUUAAUUUCAAAGAGUUUUUUUUUUUAAUUUAUUGAUAUGUAACAUUAAUCUUUCUUGAACACAGAGAAUUGCAAUAAUAAAAGGUUGGUUAUUUAUUUAGGUCCAUUUACUGCCACAAAACUUGCUCCACGUCUAAAAAUUCAUUUUGGGCUUCUUAACACAUUUACUGUUUUCACAAAACCUGAAUGGGUGGUCUCACAAACGUGGGUAUCAGUCACAUGUUGUAGGUUUGUGUGUGUAGAAAUCAAGACUUCAGUUCACUUGGGGAUAUUAGCUUACUAAUUUAGACUGCAUUUAAAAUAUAUAAUACAGUCUUGAUCAUUGUCAGUUUGGUAAUUGCACGUGACUCAGGUGCUAAGGAAAAGGCAUUAAUUUAUUUCAAAGAAAAUAUUAUUUGGAGAAAACUUUUUGAACUUCCAGUUUCAACCAUAACUGGCUUGUAUUGGGCUUACCCUCCAGGCAAAAACUAUUUGAAAAGCUGGCAAAAAAACCCCAAAACCAAAACCCACAUAUACACACAUAUACACAUAUCCUGGAAGCAACCGGUGCAGGUGGGACUUGAAGGGCUGUGGUCCUUGAGAGGAGGGAAGAGCACAGGAUGGGCUGUACUUUCACCCUAGGUUUUCUCUGGCAUGUUUCUCAAACAUUGGAGCAGGAAACAGGCCCAGCAGAGAGCAGUGGUGUUAUGUGCCAAGGAGAUGGACGUUGUUCUUCAGGGCAGCCCAGCUAGCUGGGACUUGAGGGGCAAAUCUCAAAAAGCAAGAAGCCACGGAGAAUGAGCUCCCAGAUAGCUGCAGAAAACCGCUCACCUUCCAAGCUACUCACAGAGCCACAUUCCAAGAAUCUAGCCAACAACAGCCCUGGGAGGCCGCAGCGUGAAGCAGAGAUGUUUCGGUCGUGCAUGGGGACAGAGGUGGGCAUGCAAGCCCAGGCAAGGCCAAGGGGACCAGGGAGACACCUGCACUUUGAAUUGAGACCCCAGAGGGCCACACCUUGAAGUAAGAGUCACUCCCUAGGAGGAAAACCAAAACUGAUUUAGACUGGCCCCAACAAAAGCUAGAAUGAAGCUCCACAGGUAAUCCUCCUGAAUCUUGACAGAAAUAAAAACAACAAUGACAAUGAUAAAAACAGACCUUAAAUAUCUUAGAAAGAGUGACAUCGUGUGCAGUGUCUCUGCUUUUUCAUUCACUGUGUAUAGCAUCUAGUAGAAAGUGUGUGCUAGAUAACAGAACCUAAUGACUAAAUCCCAGGAAAAGCAGACAGAUGUUGUAGUUAUCAGACAAGGACUUGAAGAUAUUGAUGACACAUUCAAGGAAACGGUGAAUGAAACAGAUUAAAAGAUGGGGAAUUUCAAGAGGAUCGCAAUCUAUAAAAAAAGAGUCAAGUGAACAUUCUGGAACUGAAAAUACAAUACCUGAAGUUAAGAAUUCACUAGAUAGUUUAAUAAUGAUCUGGAUACAACAUAAGAUAGAGUUAGUGAACUGGAAGGCAGACCAAUGAAAAAUAUCCAUGCUGAAGCUCAGAGAAAAAGAAUGGGAAAAAAGCAGAGACACAUGGAACACAGUGAAAACGCUUAAUGUAUGUGUAACUGGAGUUCCAGAGGAGAGAGGAGAAAAAAAUGGAACAGAAGUGAUAUCCAAAGAGACAAUAGCUGAGAAUUUUCCAAAACUGAUGAAAAACGUCAAUGCACGGAUUCAAGAAGCUCAGUGAACCCAAAGCAGAAUGAAUACCAAAACGACCACAACAACAGAAACCAUAUCUGGGCACGUGGUGCUCACACUAGUGAGAACCAAGGACGAAAGGAGAAAUCUUAAACGCAGCUGGAGAAAUAAGACAUUACUUUCAGAGGAACAACAAGACUGAUGGGUGACUUUUCAACAGAAACUACAGAAGCCAGAUGACAACGAACGACGUCUUUGAAAUGCUGCAAAAAAAGUUGCCAACUUGGAAUUCUAUACCCAGCAAAAAAUAUUCUUCACACAUCAAGGCUAUGUGAAGACAUUAUCAUACAAACAAGCAGAAUGGAGAGAAGUCAUUGCCAGCUGACAAGAAGUACUGAAAAACAGCCCUCAGGCUGAAGAAGAAUUUUCCGAUGGAACACAGGCUGAAGAAGGACCAGGAGGGGUAACCACGGGAGUUAGGAAAGGAUCUGGGUGGUUAAAGCAACAUUGGUAGUUUCAGUGGGGCUUUUAAGAGAGAGAGGAGCAUAGUGCAUGAUGUUGCCAGCACAAAGGUGGGAGGAACAGGUGAGGUUGACUGUUGCUCCUGUGUUGUUUGUGAGGUCACGUGAAUAAGGACAGAAUAGUUGAGGACAGCUGACAGGCUUGUGAAGAGAAAAACGGAACCAUACGUGAUUAAUUUGAAAGAAGGCAAGCAAGGAGGGAUAAAGGACCAAAACACAUAAAGGACAGAUAGACAACAGAGAGUGAGAUGGUGGCCUUCACCAGCUGUCAAUACUCCAUGGUCACAAAUGGACUGAACAUGCCAAUAAAAAGAAAAGAUUACCAGCCUCCUUUUAAAACAAGUGUGCUGUUUGUGGGUGACAUGCUUUAUAGAUAAGAACACAGAGACGUUUAAAGAAAAACGAUAAACCAAGGAAACACUAAAGAAAGUCAUUAAUAUUAACGUUAGUGACACAUGGUCAACUUCCAGAAGUGUCACCCAGGAGGGACAGUGCCUACUGAUGAGAGAGUCGGAUCAGUAGGAAGCAUCACGAUCCUGAAUGUGUGUGCUCAGCUCUAAAUUACGUGAAGUGGAAGUUGACAGCACUGAAAGGAGAGAGACCAGCACACAAUGAGACCUGGGGAUUUUUAAUGCAUUUCCUCAGUCACUGAUACAAUAGGAGACAAAAUAUCAAUAAGGACAGAGAAGAUUUGAGCACAGUUUUCAAAAGUUAAGUUAACCUUGAAUUCCUGGAAUAAACCCAUCUAGUCACAAGGUAUUAUUCUUUUUCUAUAUUGUUGAAUUCAACUUGCUAUUUGUUUUAGGAGUUUUGCCUCUAUGGUCAGAGGUGUUGGCUGCUAAUAACACAAUUAACCAAUUUUAACAUGACACCAAACAAGUGCAGAAUAUUCCAAAUGCACAGGAAAUAUUUACGAAUAGACCAGGGCUAUUCCAGGAUAUUCCAGACUAUUCCAAGUGCACAUGAAACGUUUACAGAAUAGACUGAUCAGGGCUGUAACUCGGGUCUCAACAGACACCAAAGGAAUGAAAUCUGUGUUGUCUCUUACCUCAGUGAAAUUAAAUUUAAAAAAUCGAUAACAGAAAGAUACUAGAAUAUCCCCAAAUGUUAGGAAAUCAAGCAACACACUGUUAAAUAAUCCAUGAGUUGAAGAAUAAGUCACAAUGGGAAUUAUAAAAUAUUUUCAACUGAAUGAUACUGAAAAUAUAACAUGUCAAAACUUGUAGGAUACAUGUAAGCAAUGUUAAAGGGGAAUUUAUGGCUCUCGUAGCAUUUACUAGAAAGGAAGGAAGGUUCUAACUUUGAGGGUCAAGAAGUGAGGGAAAAAUAGCAAAUUAAACCCAAAGAAUGCAGGAGGAGCAGAAGACAGAGCAGAUACCGAUGAAAUAGAAAGCAGACGUACAACAGAAA